AUGUGUUUUUUUAUUAUCAGAUAUUCACGGCAUGAACCUUUCACUACGCUAAACGUGGACAUUCGAAACCACCAGAAUCUAACGGAGUCUCUAGAACAGUACGUAAAAGGCGACCUACUUGAGGGCGACAAUGCCUACUUCUGUGAAGCCUGUGAGAAGAAAGUUAAUACACUUAAGCGACUCUGCAUCAAGCGGUUGCCGUUGGUGCUCACUAUCCAGUUAAAACGAUUUGACUAUGACUGGGAGAAGAGUGUCCCGACAAAGUUCAAUGACUAUUUCGAGUUUCCUCGAGAGAUAGAUAUGGAACCAUAUACAGUCGAAGGUGUAGAACGUUUGUCUACUGACGCCCGUCUUAUUGGUCUCAAUCACGAUUCUAUUCCCUUGGAGUCUAGAGAGCAAAGUGAUUCAAUAUCCUAUUCUGAGGUUCAGACGGACUCUAAGCCUAAGGAUUCUUCGGUCCAGGGAGAUUCAGGGACUCCAGUACCGACGCGCUACACUCUGCGUGGCGUUGUGGUGCACAGUGGAUCUGCCAGCGGUGGUCAUUAUUAUUCCUUCAUCCGGCACUUUAAACGAGAAACAGGCAGCUAUGUUUGGUAUAAAUACGAUGACAUGGAUGCCUUGGAAACUUUACGAAUUAACGAUGCAUAG